CAGUGCGGCGAUCGGCGGUGCGCUGUGUCCCUCGGAAACAGCGGAUCACCGAUCCACGGAAAGAGCUGAAGAUGUCAGUUCGGUCAUGUGAUCAGCUGUGUCCAAUCACAGCUGAUCACAUCAGCGCCACCUGUCAGUGUCCAUCAGUGCCAGCUCUCAGUGCUCAUCCAUGCCACCUGCCAGUGCACAUCAGUGCCACAUCAAUGCCACAUAUCAGUGCCCAUCUGAGCUGCCUUUCAGUGUCACCCAUCAGUGCCAGUCAGUGCCACCUAUCAGUGCUGCCAAUCAGUGCCACAUAUCAGUGCCGGUCAGUGCCCCCUAACAGUGUGCAUCAAUGCCGCCUAUCAGUGCCUGUCAGUGCUGCCAAUCAG